UGACGUUUCCAGGUGGAGAAAAAGGCGCUUGCUAUAUUUUACUUGUGCCUGAGCAGGACGGGUACCAGCACUGAACUCAGAUCCUGCUCCUCAUACACCCGACCGUGUGUGCUCGCAGCUCGGAAAGCCAACCAUAUCCUGGCCUGCAUCACAAGUGUGGCCAGCAGGCUAAGGGAGGUGAUUCUGCCCCUGUAGCCCGCUCCAGGUGUGAGACAUCACCUGGAGUACUGCAUCCAGCUCUGGGGUCCUCAGCACAGUAAAGACAUGGACCUGUUGGGUCUAGAGAAGGACCACAAAGAUGAUCAGAGGGCUGGAGCAGCUCUCCUGUGAAGACAGGCUGACAGAGUUAGGAUUGUUCAGCCUGAGGAAGAGAAAGGUUCUGGGAGACCUCAUGGCAGCGUUCCAGUAUCUGAAGAGGGCCUACGAGAGAGCUGGAGAUGGACUUUUUGUUUGGGACAUGAUAGGUGGAAAAGAAUCCUGCACUUCAGGACCGAUACCAAUGACUGACCUCAGCUGCCUUGUCUACGGACUGGAAGAAUGGACUGUUGUGGAGUUCCUGAAGCAAUACCUUUUUCAUUUGAUCAUUGCCUCACUCACAAUUAUUGCAAUAUUAGUUUUUUUUAUAGUUCCUUUAACAAUUGGCUUUUUCAUUUACCUUUCUAAUAUUUCACUUUUAAUAUAUCAGAGGAACAGCGAGUUAGAAGCAGAUCCCUUGAGUGAUGUUUGGGACAGAGCAAGGAAAACCAUAGCAAGCUUUUGGGAUAUAUAUGCAAGAAUAUGGCAUGGUUAUGAGCUUCAUGGUGUGGAAAACCUACCAGAAGGACCAGGCAUUCUUGUGUAUUACCAUGGAGCUAUUCCUGUAGACUACCUUUACUUUUUGUCGAGACUGUUUCUCUGGAAGAAAAGACUUUGUCUGUCAGUAGCUGAUCAUUUUGUCUUUCGUUUACCAGGACUUAAAUUAUUAUUGAGAGUGACAGGUGUUAUACCAGGCACAAGGGAGGAGUGUCUCCUUGCACUCAAGAAUGGAUACUUGGUGUCCAUCUCACCAGGUGGAGUUAGAGAAGCACUAUUCAGUGAUGAAAGUUACCAACUCAUGUGGGGAAAUAGAAAAGGUUUUGCUCAGGUUGCUCUAGAUGCAAAAGUGCCCAUCAUUCCAAUGUAUACUCAAAAUGUCCGUGAAGGCUAUAGGACAUUUAAAGAAAGAAGAUUUUUUAGACAGUUAUAUGAAAGUACUCGAUUGCCUUUUAUUCCUCCAUAUGGAGGACUUCCAGUCAAAUUUCGCACAUACAUUGGGAAGCCAAUCCCUUAUGAUCCGAAUAUAACUACAGAGGAAUUAGUCGAAAAGACAAAGACUGCUGUCCAGGCUCUCAUAAGAAAGCACCAAACACUUCCAGGCAACAUAUGGAAGGCUUUACUGGAGCGAUUUGAUAAACGUCGUAAAAGCGAUUAGAAUGCUUAUGUUUAUUUUGUUGUUUUUACAGCAUACAGUAAAAAAAAAUGUCCUACAGCACUGGUGACUAAUAGUUGGUGUUCAACCAGUUUAAUUUACAAGUUUCUACAGAUUUGGCAGAAGAAAACAGUCGAGAAUAUCCUGAACUCAGAAAGACUAAAGAAGAUGACUUACGUAUAAUAGCAACGCAACAGCUAAAUUCCCCAAAAGGAAAUCAUGUAGCCAGGAUUUUCCUGGUUCCUAAAACAAGUACAUACUUACUUGGAGAGCCUUAGCAGUUUUGUCUAGAUCUGUGGUUUUGUGUUUUGAGCAGAUCACAGUCCAGUCUCAGAGAAGAACCUCAGAGUCAGUGUUGUCCCACCAGAGACCACUCCACAGUGGGCACCUUCCCUGUUGGACCCCAUGCAAGACAGUGUCAGAAGAGAAACUGUCUCACUUUAGCUGAUGAUCUGCUGCUUAGGCAUUUUUCUAGAGACUACACAAAGAGACAUAAUCCCAUUAGAACAGAUAACAGACUCCUACAAACACAUCAGAAUAGUGAUUCGCACCCUGGAAAGCAGGACUGCUACAUCCAAGACUUUGCCCCCACAAAAGAAAGGUCUCUUUAAGAGAGGAAAAAAAAGCUUUAGUUCAGUGUAGUGCUAUGCAAGUACGUGCAGAAAGUAGUUUGAAGUUUGAUCUGGUACAUGCAUGCACUAUUGCACCAUACCAUAGUUGUUUAGUGGAUGAGGCUGCCCCCAGUCUGAAAAUCCCUGGAUGUAGCGAGUGCAGUAUGGAUGUGCUGUAUUUUUCUCCCGGUGAACAGGGAACAGACUGUAGGGGUAGCUUACUUAGGCAAUGCAACCCUGAGGCUUAUCAUCGCCGGUGGUUUGCCUAAAAAUGCAGUACUGCAACACUGCUGUUUCCAUACGGAUUUGACUGAAAUGUCUGUUUGGAAAGGUAGACGUAGGCAGUGUUGUCAUCCUAAUGCAAUUUGUGGAAAACUGAAACUUGCUACAAAGCGGAAUGUGUUUUUACAGGCUGUGGGAUGUUGUUACUGGUGGGAGUGGGAGAACUUUGUGUAAUCUAUCCAAUAUGCCAUUAAAUGCAAUCACGUCUGUUAACUUCAAA